AUGUCCGUCCAGGAGCAUAUACAACCUGGCGAGAUUUUCUCGAUUGAAAAAGGAGGGCUCGAUGAUGACGAGACCAGACUCGCUGAGAUGGGGUACAAACAAGAAUUGCGAAGAAACUUUUCGGUGAUUUCUGUGUUGGGACUUGGCUUCUCGCUUACCAACUCCUGGUGGGCAAUCACUGCUGGAAUGGCGACAGGCAUCAACUCCGAAGGCCCCAUGUUGUUCAUUUAUGGGACCAUUGGGCUUUUUGUCGCAGGCAUGGGGAUUGCGAUUUCGCUGUCAGAGCUGGUCUCUGCUUACCCAAACGCUGCAGGGCAGUCGUACUGGGUGAGCCAGUUGGCACCGGCCCGGUGGGCAAGGUCGCUGUCAUACAUCACGGGCUGGUUCAUUUGGGCUGGGUCGGUCUUUGCUUCUGCCAGCGUCGCAUUGACAGUUGGGUUCGCACUAGUUGGUUGCUAUCAGCUGAUGCACCCUGACUUUGUCAUUCAAACAUGGCACGUGUUUGUGGCGUACCAAUUGGUGAACAUCUUCGCCUUCCUCUUCAACUGCUAUGGCCGUAUGCUGCCUCUGGUUGCGACCAUAACGCUGUACACAUCGCUGGUUUCUUUCGCUGUCAUCCUGAUCACAGUCCCAGCAAAGGCACCGACACAUCAAGAUGCGAAAUUCGUGUUUGCGACAUUCAUCAACAACACCGGUUGGUCCUCGUCAGGGAUUGCAUUCAUCGUCGGAUUGAUCAACCCAAACUGGGGUUUCUCUUGCCUUGACACAGUGGUCCACAUUGCCGAGGAAUGCAACCAGCCGGAGAAACUCAUACCUAUCGGCAUUAUUGGUACGGUCGUCAUCGGCUUCAUCACCUCAUUCACGUUUUCCAUUUCGAUGUUCUUCAGCAUCGGCAAUUUCGAGGAUAUGGUGGACACGGCUACAUAUGUCCCAAUCUUGGAACUCUUCUUUCAGGCGCUCGAGAACAAAGGUGGCGCCGUUGCCCUAGAGGCACUGGUCAUUGCCACCGGUAUCGGUUGUCAAAUCGCGUGCCACACCUGGCAAUCGCGACUCUGCUGGUCAUUUGCGCGCGACAAAGGGAUACCAUUCUCAGGAUAUCUUUCCAAAGUCAACGACAAGCUAGGGAUACCUCUCAGAGCUCAUUUCGUAUGCUGUGUGAUUGUUGCCUUCCUUGGUUGUCUGUAUUUGGGAUCAUACACAGCCAUAAACAGUAUCAUUUCUGCUUGCAUUGUGCUCCCUUAUAUUUCAUACUGCAUCCCAACCGCCCUCCUCCUUCUGAAGGGAAGAGAGAACAUCCGACACGGCCCUUUCUGGCUUGGUAAAGUUGGGCUGGUGUCGAAUAUCAUCCUUUUGUGCUUCACCGUUUUCGCCAUCAUAAUGUACUCCUUCCCGACAGUGAUGCCGGUUGAAGCGGACAACAUGAACUAUGUUUCCGCCGUUUAUGGAAUCCUCAUAUUGAUCAUCACGGUGGACUGGCUCCUUCGAGCACGGCACCAAUAUCGCAACGAGGUUUGA